AUGCCUCACGAGAUUGCUCCUGGACACCUGGGGAAUUUGACAGCAGAACAGGAAGACAAGCUCCGUCAACUCUGGGAAGCCGUGUUCAAAGUAUGCGGCGUUUCAGACAGCAGCGAUGCCAGCCCGGCGCCGAAGAAAGAUGAAAAACCAGGCGCGGAUGCCGAAACCACCAAGAAAAAGCGCGGCUUCAGUUUCUUUAGAAGUGCUCCCCAGUCGGCUCACGCGUCCUCCAAUGGUAACAAUGCUACUGAUUCAGCAGAUGACGACAAAUAUGGUUUGACCAAACAGUAUCAGGAAAUCUUGGCAAACCAGAAGCCGGAGGAGAUAAGAGAAACAAUGUGGGCAAUGAUGAAGCAUGAUCAUCCCGACGCGUUGCUCCUACGCUUUCUGCGCGCCCGCAAGUGGGAUGUGGAAAAAGCCCUCAUCAUGCUGAUAUCGGCUAUGAACUGGAGGCACACCAAGAUGAAGGUCGACCAGGAUAUCAUGAAGAAUGGGGAAGCCGGUGCCGCCGCUGAUGAGAAAAAUGGAGAUGAGAAGGCAAAAAAGCUGGGCCAGGACUUUCUAAAACAAAGCCGGAUGGGCAAAAGCUUCCUACAUGGCACCGAUAAAGAGGGUCGUCCGAUUUGUGUCGUCAGAGUGUGCCUCCACAAAGCCGGUGAUCAAUCUCCCGAGAGCUUGGAAAGGUACACGAACAUCAUAUUCGAUAUGACGGGAUUCACUCUGGCCAACAUGGACUACCACCCCGUCAAGUUCAUGAUUCAGUGUUUUGAAGCAAACUAUCCCGAAUCUUUAGGGGUCGUUCUCGUCCACAAUGCCCCGUGGUUGUUCCAAGGCAUCUGGAGGGUUAUCCGUGGCUGGCUCGAUCCCGUUGUCGCUGCCAAGGUUCACUUUACCAACUACAGAACUGGGCUGGAGGAAUUCAUUCAUCCAGGCCAGCUUAUUAAGGACCUAGAAGGCGAUGAGGAUUGGACGUAUGCAUAUGAGGAGCCCACUGAGGGUGAAAAUGAUUUGAUGAAAGAUACUACAACCAGAGAUCGACUGCUUAAGGAGAGGGAGAAGUUGUAUGCUCAGUACGAGGCUGCUACUCGACGUUGGACGAAACACGCUAGCGGCGAAGAAGCUGAAGGCAUCAAAGCUGAGCGAGAUGAUAUUGCUGCAAAGCUCAGGGAUGGUUACUGGCAGCUCGACCCGUAUGUAAGAGCCCGGUCUCUGUAUGAUCGUCAGGGAGUGAUCCGUUCUGAUGGCGACGUAAACUGGUACCGAAACACUGACUCCAAGUCUGCUCCCUCCAACGAGAUCAAAUCUGGCAAAGAGACUGCAGCGAACGCGGUCGAUUAA